ACCACAUUCUCCACAAUGGGAAACUUAUACUAAGAGAGAAACAGCCAAUCAGUAGAUAGGAGAUAGAUGAUUGGAGGAAUUUUCGACCAAUCACAUUUCGAUGGUCAGGUUCGUUAAAAAGUUUAAGUGGAAGCAGUUUAUAAGAAUUUUAGGGACAAGUUUUAAAAAAUCUCGAGGGGAAAUGACAGAAGUCAGCUACUAAUUAUUUUUUGUUACAACCUAUGCAUAAUAUGAGCAAAUAUACUGGAAGAUCUAUAUCGUAAACAACAUCAAAUGGAAAUAAGUGUGACAUAUUCAAAUUGGGCAUUUGUAAUUAUAUCUAUUAUUUUCUUGUUUAUAACUUUACUAACAGCAGUUGGAAAUGCUUUGGUGUUUGCAGCAUUAUUUCGUUUUAGGAAACUUCGUACAACAUCCAACCUUUUAAUUGGGAAUUUAGCAUUAAGUGAUCUUUUAUUGGCAGUCACAGUAUUACCAAUUUCUGCGGCAACUGAUGCAACAGGUGUAUGGUUAUUUGGACCAGUGAUGUGUGAUAUUUGGUUAACUAUUGAUGUUUUCUAUUGUACGGCAUCAGUAUGGAGUUUAGUUACAAUAGCAUUUGAUCGUUUCACUGCUACGACUUUUCCAAUAUGGUAUCGUGGUAAUAAAAAUAAACGACGUGUUAUUUGUUAUAUACUAUUUGUAUGGAUAUUAUCUGGAUUAAUUUGUGUACCUGGUCUUUUAGGUUGGGGCAGUAAAGCGUUUGAUAAAGCUCAAAAUAAUACUUCAACUAUUAGUAUUCCGUAUUCAACAUCAACUAUACGACAAAAUCUCAAUGAACAUAAAUCAAACAAAUCAACACUUUCAUCUACAAACACACAUGUCUAUAAUCCAACAUUAAAUCAUUAUGAAUGUGUUUUAUUUACAGAAGCUUAUUACAUAGUCUAUUCUGCAAUGGGUUCUUUUAUAAUUCCAUUUAUAAUAAUGAUUAUAUUAUAUGCAAAAAUAUUUUUGAUACUUCAACAAAGAACACGAUUAAUAAGACAGUCACGAAGAAUACAUAAUAAAUCACCGCCUGAAUGUAUGAUAGUUCAUGAUAAACAAUUUAAUGGACAAUCCGUUGAUAAAAUCAAUAAUUAUACUACUGAAAAAAAUUUAUUAACAAGUCCUAACACAAAUACUUCAAUAAUCCAUAGUAUCACAACAACUAAACCAGUUCUAACAAACAUAAAAAUAGCUGUAGACAAACCGAGUUCAAAUAGUAUAAUUCAUGAAAAACGUGCUAAUAAUAAUACUCAUAAAACAAAUGAAAUUAUACAACAUUCAUUUUAUCCUUCAAUGUACGGAUCACCUUCUGGAUCAUCGACAUAUUCUUACAGUUACUGUUAUUGUUCAACAUGUACAUGUUCUUGCACAUGUUGUCAUUGUGGACGUGAAUGUCAUUGUUUUCACUUGACGACAACAACGACAACGAUAAGUAGUAACAAAAAUACAAAUACAGAUUCUACAGCCGAUUGGAAUCCACGACAUAUGCGCAAUUUAAAUGAUCUUAUUGGGAUGGAAAAUAAUACUGUGGUUAAUAAAUUAACUAAUAAAAUUAAUCCUAGAUCUGUUGUCAAUGAAAUGAGUUCGUUCGAUCAAAUAAUUCAACAAAAUACAUCAAAAUUCACAUUAAAAGCGACAAUGAAUAAUAAUUGUUCAACAACAUCUUCAAUGAAAUCUCAAUCAUCAAAAACAUCAUUAUCAUCUUCAAUAGCUGGAUCUUUCACAUCAUCAUCAUUGUCACGUCAAUCAUCGUUUCAAACAAACAGACAAAAUAUGAAAUUGGAAAAACUUUCAUUUCAAAAUAAGUUGAGAAAUAAGAUGACGCCUAUGUCUAAAAAUAAUAUCGGUAAGAAUUCGUUGUCGUCGUUAUCGCCAAUGCCGCCGGCAUCGCUGCCACAAACUUUCUCACCUCAUCAUUGUCAUAAUUGUUUACUAGUUGAUCGACAAAAGCUUUAUCUAGCUAGUCAUUUAGUUGGCCUAGACAUAGCUAAUGAACUAGAUAGUCUAGUCAAUCUUAAAGAUAAAAAUAAUAAUAAUAAUUGUAAUUAUGUAGAUGAAAAAGUAAACAACUCUGGAAAACCAAAAAACUCUAAUGGAACAAUUCAACUAGAUUCCGAAGUGAAUCAUGUGAUUACCAAAGCUAAUAAUGAUGAUUAUGAUGAUUUAAACGGUCAUACGCAUAGUGAUGAAAGGACUGAGGAUAUGAUUCACGCUUAUAAUUUGCAUAAUCCUAUUCCAUUCAUUACUACUGAACCAAUUAAUAUAAUUACUUCGACAUGUAUUAACACUAAUAGUAUUGAUUCAAUAACAAUGACAAAUACAGGAAUUAUACACAAAGAUAAAUACAAACCUAAUAUUUUGAAAAAGUUCACUUUAUUCAAUUGCGCACAAAAACACCAUGAUCAGAAUAACGAGGAAGGAAUAUCUAUUUCUCAUCAAUCAAAUGAUCAACUAUGUUCUCCUGAUCGAUUAAAGACAACUUCUUCAAUUGAUUUAGAAUACCAACACCACUACCAACAACAACAACAACCUAAAAUGCAACAACUGGAAAUUACCUCAUGUUAUAAACAACAUGACGAUAGAAGAAUAGUAGGAGUGACUAAUGCAUCCACUAUUUCUGACAUAACACCACCAUCUAUGGAACCAUUACAACUUAAUGAAAGACAGCAACAACAUUAUUACGUGAAUCGAUCAAAACAAUCAAAUCAAUCAGAUCAGGUUAUGGAACGUGUAGAACAACGUGAAAGACGUGCAACUAAACUUGAACUACUACAACCAUCAUCGAGAGGGUACAAGUAUUUAUAAAUGGCUGUUUACGCAAGGUACUGAAUAUGCUUUGGCCGGAUACCUUCAGCAACAGUCUUCUGUAUGAGAGGACAAACCAGAUUCCAGUUGAAGAAGAAAUUAGGAAAAGACGUUGGAAGUGGAUAGUAUAUACUUCACGAAAUCACCAAAUUGCAUCACGAUGCAAACCCUAACUUGGAAUCCUGAAGGGAAGCGGAAAAAAGAAAUACUGAAGAACACUCUACGUCGGGAAUCGGAAACAGAUAUGAAAAAGAUGGAUAACAACUGGAAAGAACUAGAAAGGAAUGCCCAGAACAGGGUUGGUUGGGAAGUACUGGUGGAGGGCCUAUGCUUCUCCACGAGGGGUAACAGGUGCGAUUAAGUAAGUAAAUCUUUAAUUUGAUAAGUUUGGGUGAAAUUAGAAAAAAAUUACCUGAAAAGAUUAUGAAUUAGUAUAAACAUUCGAUAAUUAAUUCAUUUUUGCAUCGCUUGUUUGAAUCUUCCCAUUUAUAUUUAGGACCGUAACUGAUCAGUCUCUUAUUGGCAUAUGUGUAUCCAGCGUAGAAUGACAUUAAAUCAUAAGCGUUUUUAAGCAGAGAUGGAUAGUAGCUAUCAGUGUAAUGGAGGAUCCGCAUUUCGUCUUGUUUGGGACUCGUCAGCCGGAUUUACCUGCACCCCAGAGUUUAUGUCUGCGACGGGGCACGAACCCAGCACCGUUCUCCUCAAACGCCAUCGCGUUGCAGGUUCUUCCGGCUGACGAACCCCAAAUAAGACAAAACACACGUACUGGAUUCCACUGCUAAUCAUUGUCUAUCUUGACAUUCGAUAAUUAUAUAUUUCUUUUUGUGUCCCCUCUUUCACAUAAACAUUUUAUCUUAAAAUAUGCAAUGAUAAGAGAUGAAUUCAUAUCCUCAUAAAGAAAC